AUCAAAACUUCUCUCUCCCCUCUUCAAAUUCCAAUUUACUUCUCCUCUUUAGGGUUUUUGCUAUAUCUCCUUCAAAAAAUUCUCCCUUCAUCUCCAUAUGGUCGGAAUGAGACUGUUGCCUGAGGAUUCCGACGUGGCGCCGGCGGCAAGAACACCGGCAGCAACAACCGACUUGAUUUCCGACGAUGACCGGUCAGUAGCGGCAGACUCGUGGUCUAUAAAAAGCGAAUACGGAAGUACUCUUGAUGAUGAACAACGUCAUGCUGAUGCUACUGAAGCUCUCGCCGCUGUCAAUUGCCGUGAUUACAGUUCUGACAAGGAGGAGCAAGAUGCUGAAGCAGUUUCUUCAAUGCUUGGUUUCCAGAGCUAUUGGGAUUCUGCAUAUGCUGAUGAAUUGUCAAAUUAUCAUGAGCAUGGCCAUGCUGGUGAAGUUUGGUUUGGUGCUGAUGUUAUGGAGAUUGUUGCUUCAUGGACCAAAGCUUUGUGCACUGGCAUUUGUCAAAAUCACGUAGGUGAUGCUGAGCCAGUUGGGCUGCGUGAGAAGGACUUAGCUGAUUGGAGUGUGCUUGAUAUUGGGACUGGCAAUGGUCUGCUUCUUCAGGAGUUUGCUAAACAGGGGUUCUCAGAUCUCACUGGAACCGACUAUAGUGAAGGAGCAAUCGACCUUGCGCGAAGGCUUGCUGAUCGUGAUAGUUUCACCAAUAUCAAGUUCUUGGUUGAUGACAUUCUUGAAACGAAAUUGGAUACAAUGUUUCGGCUUGUUUUGGACAAGGGGACCUUAGAUGCCAUUGGAUUGCAUCCUGAUGGUCCUAUCAAAAGGAUUAUGUACUGGGACUCUGUCUCAGGGAUUGUUGCUCCUGGUGGAUUAUUGGUCAUUACAUCAUGUAAUAGUACGAAAGAUGAAUUGGUAGAAGAAGUGGAAACUCUCAAUCAAAGAAGAAAUGCUGUUGGAAACCAAGAAGCCUCUACAGACCCCCCUCCAUUCCGUUACCUUGAUCACGUUCGGACAUAUCCUACGUUCACAUUUGGAGGAUUGGUAGGCUCACGUGUAGCCACUGUAGCAUUCAUGAGGAACUGAAUUAAGUAUCCUGCAUUACUUUCGGUUUAUUGACACACUUGUUGCUCCUAUAACUGGUUGUGUAUGUAUCAGCAAACUUUGCAUCCUUGGAAACACUUGUGGAAAACACAAUUUCUGGUUUAUGCAAUGUGGGAGAACUUGAUGUA